AUGUCGCUCCUUGAAGCGAAGAAGCGCGGAUCAGAUCUGGUUAUCAACUUUGUAAAUCAGCGCCUUAUUGUUCAAGAGUCGUCUGAAGAAGCUGUCAAAAGUUUUUAUGCUAAAAUACCAAAAAACUCUGCUUUAACUCUCUCAGACCUCUUCGAAGUUGAGGAUACUAAUGAUCGGAAAAAGGAAGGUCUCCAACAUGUCUUUAAUGACAUCGAAGUUUUUGUCUCCGGAGGACUCAUACAUGAAGAGGAUGUGCGAUCAACCAACCCCGAAUCCGACGUCAGUUCCCUAGCAGCGACACAUGAAGAGGCCGAUACACGCGUUGUACUACAUGCUUUCCACUCUGAUGCUGACAACAUCGUCACCAUGGCCAGGGAUACCGACAUUUGUUUGCUGUUGAUCCAUCACUUUGACAAAAUGACCAGUUCUAAAGUGUGGAUGAUGAGUGGCACAGCGGAAGAAAAGAAGUAUCUCCCAAUACAUGAGAUCUGCCAACUUUUAGACAACCUAGGGCACUCUCCGCUAACUCCCUCAUCAAAGGCGAAUGCAGAGAAGUUUCUCGUUCAGCUCUAUAAGGUGACUAAAGAUGUAUCUAGCGGGGAUGAAGCCAGAUAUCAACUUUUUGGUGUUGUGAAAAAGCCAGAAGCCUUACCUCCAUCAAGCGGCUACACCUCCUAA